GAAAAUAGAAACUUCUGUGUAAUACGAGCCGACUCCCUGAUAUAGUGCUUUCUCUCGGACGGUUAUUUUCGACCGAUCCUACUGUCCAGACGCUCAACAUAACGUAGAUAAAGCGUCAACGACCGCGGGUGCCACUUCGAGUGUCCACUAAUCGGCUCGAGUAUUUCAAUGAAUCAAUGCAUUUUCUAGUUGGCUGAGGAACUAACACAAGAAUAUGGUAUUCCUGAAGAUAUAUCUAUAAAGAUUACAACAACAUAUUUGAAGCUCUUUAGAAAAUGUCCUGACAAUGUAGUUCAUACUUUGGAUAUUUGGCGCAUAACUUUGUGGAAUAAAGCUCUUGGAGAAAAAUAUUCAUAUCUAGCAAGAAAAAUUUACGAACGAUGGUUAUAUCUACGAUAUUAUUAUUUGACGCUGGCAUCAGAUGUAAUUUCUAUGCUUCGUCAGUUGAGGAUAAAAUAUCUCUUAGGUUUGAUUACAAAUGGUCCUUCUAAUGCACAAUGGGAAAAAAUACGAAAACUUUCACUCGAACAAUAUUUCGAUAUAAUUCUUGUAUCAGGAGAUUUACCAUGGGAAAAACCUGAAAGAGAAAUAUUUCGAAAAGCAUGUCGAUUUUUAAAUGUUAAACCAGAUAAUUGUGUAAUGGUUGGUGACAAAUUGGAAACUGAUAUCCUAGGUGGAAUAGAAGCAGGUUUAGGUAGUACAAUUUGGAUUCCAACAGUGGAUAAACCAUUCUUAUUAAGAGAAGAUCCACAACCAGAUUUUACUAUAAGGCAUGUCACAGAUCUUUUAAGUAUAUUAAAUAGAGGUCCUGAUGCUCCAGAACUUGAAGAUUCAUCUUCAAAUGCAUCUGAUGGUAGUUGAUAAAAAAACAUAUUUUUUUAGGUUUUCUUUAAAAAAUCACAGCUGAUAGAUAUAAAAUUUUUAUAAAACUUGGUAAUUGUUUCUUCAUAACUAAAUAACUAUUAUUAUAGCAUGUAAUAUAUUUUAUUUUAAAAAUAAUUUAAAUUUCUUAUAUACAGCAUGUCCCGUAUACUUUGAUGGAUAAAUCUACACAUGAAAACAAUAAAAAAAGUUCAUAUAUUCUAUUUAAUUUUGUUUUCAUAUAAUAAAUUUCUUUUUUACAUUAUACAUUUCUUUUACCAUAUCUUUUUUUAUCUCCAUUAAAAAUGUUCAAAAUGACUUUGCAUUCAAACAUGAGCUAAAUGUUUCAUCAUUAGUUAAUUUUAUCUUUUUUUAUUUCUUCAAGUAUUAUUUUCUAAAAGUCUUA